AUGCCUCGACACCUUUAUGCUCCGCUGUCCAAAGGUGCAAACGAACUUCAGUCCUGGACUUGGACUCGCCCGGAAACUUUUGCCAAGUUAGAACAUUAUAGAAGUUUUGGAUGGAUACCUCCGAACUACAAUAAAAGUACCCUACGACGGAUGGCAGUGGUUGAGAGAUAUUGGUACAAGUACGCUUUCCGUUCUCAAAAUUGGAGACUUCAAUCAUAUCAGGCAUACUGGAGACGCUUGUCUCAGUACUUUUCAAGACUCGCAAGGCACGAAUUAAGAUAUAAUGCUAUCGUGCAGGUAGGAAGACAUCUGUUUCCAGCUGAGUGCCCGGUCCCUCACACAAGGCCAAAAGAGACCCUUGAUAUUGAGGAGCAGGUACUUCACCAGCGUUUCCUUUGGAGAAACUCCAGUUGUUUUCGGUUCGGCAAUUAUAUCGUUCAACAGUCCACUCUCCAGCUAUGGUCUUCCAUAACUGGGACACGACCUGGCGUGAUUCUAGAGGAUGGUGUUGUUCCCAACGAACAUGGCAGCAGGAAUCAGGGGUUCAAAAGCCAGAUUCCAUACCAUAUCUCAUUCGACUCGUAUUGUCCGAUCUUACAAAUCGUUGCGAUGGCAUUCCGAGACAACGCAUUCGAAAAUGAGAACCUGACCCCUGAAUUCAUUCGGCAACUCCGUGUACCCUGUCGACUUCCUAAACUACCAAUCAGAGGGAAGAAAGCCUUAUUAAAGGUUCCUGUUCUCCGGAAUAUGAACCACACUGCUGAAAAAUGGGUACUCGAUCCGAUCUUAUCUAUGAAGUAUAGCACCAGUGACAGUGCACUGAAGCAUAUCUCCGAGGGAUUGGGGUAUGAGUUACUCAAAAAGUUCUACUUUUAUAGGCGCUGGGCUGCAAAUGAGAUAAACUUACAUUAUGUCGCUUCUGAAAGGAGGAAAGCCCUGGGAUAUCCCGGAAACAAGGUGUUUGAGAGACACUACCAAUCUAAUUUCAUUGGUGACUUGCAGGAGUUCGUUCAGGCUCGUCCACCGCAAAAACCGCUUUCCAAGGCGGCUCGAAGGAGCAUGCGAGAUGCUUUAGCACCUAAUGAUAUCAAGAGCAAGCAGAAAAAGUCUAUUCGCCGCCAUCCUAAAAUCCUCAAGUUGAGGGCGGAGAGAGACGAAUUGGCAAUGGAAAUUCGAUCCUUGGCAGGGCCUGUGACGAAGGGCACGAGUCUGUGUCCUAUACUCUAUCGGCAGCACAAAGCGGUCUCUAAAGUACUAAUGAAGAAGAAGAGAAGUUUGUACAGGGUUGCGAAGAAGAAGAUGAAAGAGGAUUGCUUUCAUGAUAUGCCAAACGAUGAAAUCAAUAAGCAGAUCGAGAAGCUUCUUCGUCGUACAGAGGGGAACAUCUUAGACGAAGACGACGGAGAAUCCGAAGAAGACUCUGAAGAAGUCGACUGGGAACCACCCUAUCCUAAUUCCCAAGUACACUUUUCCGGAACGCCUCGCAACGUGGAUACGUUCUAUGGGCCAGACGCAGACACCCUUUCAGACGACGCUUCUCUCUGCAAGAGAAUUCAAGCUACAAAGGAUAUGAUCGCGCUUUGUGAUCUCCAAGAGCCUCCCCGUCUGAGGGAUACAAGCUGGAAUGCAGACGACAGCGACGAUAGCGAUAGGACGAACGAUAAGACCCUACCGACACAAGAACAAUCUGUUCCUAGCCUUAACGAGAGAAACAUCCCGACCAAAGCUUGCAUCAUCUGUCCAGACCAACACGAAUUCUCUUGCUGUGAUUCACUGCGACGUCAUAUUAUGACGCAGCAUCUCAGCCGCAUAGCUCAAGAUAGCCUACACUACAACAAGGAAAUAUGUAAGAACAUAGGGAUAUUUAACACCGCAUCAGAUUUCUUAAAUCACGCAGCAAAAGUCCACAACUAUGAUCUCAAAUUUAGGAAUCAACAAUUGAAGCAAAUCGCUGGCUACGUGACACGGUCUGGAUGCGCAAGAUCUGCAAUUACCAAGUUUCAUUGA